AUGGCGGCUGCAACGAAUCCCCAGCCGCUUCAGGCUCGUCCCUACGAGGAAACCGACGUCGAAUUACUGGUACGGAUCGAAGACGACGAAGAUGACGGAGGAGGAAUAGGAGUAGGAGGCGAUGACUACGAUGCUGUCGGCCCCAUGGACAUGGAUGAUGAUGACGGCGAUGACGUGGAAGAUGCGGUCGUGAAUUCGGCGGCCUUCAACGCGGCCGACCAUCUUCGUACUCCAGAAGGUGGAAGUGUUAUUGGUGGUGGUGGUGUGGCUAUGGCUUCCAGCAGGACCAGCGAGCUCACUCUGUCUUUUGAGGGCGAAGUCUAUGUUUUCCCUGCCGUUACUCCCGAAAAGGUGCAAGCAGUGCUGCUGCUAUUGGGAGGACGGGAUACGCCAACAGGGGUGCCGACCUUUCAAGUACCAUUUGAUCAAGGCAACCGGGGUAUGGGUGAUCCUCCUAAGCGGUCUAACCUCUCGAGAAGGAUAGCUUCUCUUGUCAGAUUUCGAGAGAAGAGGAAGGAGCGAUGUUUCGACAAGAAAAUCAGAUACAGUGUACGAAAAGAGGUUGCACAGAGGAUGCAUCGCAAGAAUGGACAAUUUGCUUCCCUGAAAGAAAGUUCAGGUGCCUCAAAUUACGACUCUGCACAGAGUUCCCCUCACGAUGGCACUUCUCGGCAGGAAACUGUCAUUAAGAGAUGUCAACAUUGUGGUGUUGGUGAGAACAAUACUCCUGCGAUGCGUCGUGGACCAGCUGGGCCGAGGACAUUGUGUAAUGCAUGUGGCCUUAUGUGGGCUAAUAAGGGUACGCUGAGAGAUCUCAGUAAAGGUGGAAGGAGCGUACCUGUAGAUCAAGUUGAACCUGGAACCCCAGCUGAUGUCAAGCCAGCUCUUGCUGGAGGAGAAUUACCCGGAAAUCCAGUGGUUCAUAAUGUUGCUUCUGAGGUCAUUACUGGAGGGUCCACUUAUCCUAUUAAUCCAGAUCAAGAGGCUUCAGAAGAAACUGCAGCAGAUAUGCCCAACCCGUUGCCAAAUAGAGUGGUCCAUUCUUCAGCAGACGAUGACGAUGAUCAGGAGCCAUUCAUCGAACUUCCUAAUCCGUCGGAUACAGAACUGGACAUACCAUCAAAUUUCGAUUAG